AUGGACAGGCACCAGCAAGAGUUCCAAACGCACAUCGUGGUUCAUCGCGGAAGCAUCCAAGACACGUCUCACCAGCGACGAAUUGGCCUCUGGUUCGUUCCGUGCGAAAGAGGAUCCCAGUAUUAUUUUCACGUGAAGCGCGCCAUCCACAACUACCAGUUCGAGAUCAAGAGAGACUGGGAUCCGACCUGCACCGGAAGUGCCCUCCCGCUCAUUUACAUUGGCAGGACGGACAAAUUAUCCGCCAGCGAGUUGGUCAAGAUCCUCACCGACGUGCCCAUCGAAAACCACAACCUCGAAUUCAAUGGCCAGCAGUGGAUUUGGGAAGCACUUACGUUUCUGGUCUCCAAGGGCCACUUGACCAGAAGGCAGCUGGAUGACGGCUUCGAACAGAUGCUUGUGACGGUUCUGCAGGGCUCGGCUGAUGAGCUCCCGGAGACACAUCACGGCCAUAUCCGCAGCAGCAGCAGCAGCAAUGACACCACAGAUGUCGUCUAA